GGCUGGCUGGCCCAGGGAGGGAGGCAGGGAGGCGCCUCGGCGGCGGGAGGUUCCGCUGGCCCAGCGGCCCCGGGCAGGAGCUAAUCUCCCAGGCAGAGAAGUCUUUCCUGGUGCCUCGUCUUUUCCGGAGAUGCCAGCAAUUGAACCUGGGACCACCUGCAUGCAGAACGUAAAGCAUUACAGCGGAUGCUCCCGAUGAACAGAAGAAGCUGCCACAUACCAGGUUCCCCACCGUCCUCAAACCGCCAUGCUGGCUCUCAGAUAUUUCCAGCAGAGCUGGAGGUGAGCGCAGCAUGAGUUAGCUGCUGGCGACGCAUCCGGCCAGGAUGACCAAAGCACGCCUCUUCCGCCUCUCGGUGGUGCUGGGCUCCAUCUUCAUGAUCCUGUUGAUCAUCGUCUACUGGGACAACGUGGGGACGGCCCACUUCUACUUGCACACAACCUUCUCCAGGCCUCAUGGGGUCCUCCCCACUGUGGCCAAGGACGGAGGCCAAGACUCAAUGUCGGACGUCGACGAGUUCUUGGAGAAGCUCCUGAGCUCUGACCUGAAACGCGAUGUGGGUCUCGGUCAGAAGACGGAGCCGCCAGCCCCGCACGCCUCCGCGAGGCCCGUCGCCGGCAACUUGGAGGAGAACGUGAGGGGCUACGACUGGUCCACUCGUGACGCCGGCGCGAUCUUGGACCAGGAGCAGCUGCAGGCGGAGCGGCGCCGGACGCUGAGGGAGCUGUGUGCCAACUCCAGCUUUGCCUUCCCGACCAAGGAGCGCUCCUUUGACGACAUCCCCAACUACGAGCUGAACCACCUCAUUGUGGACGACCGCCACGGCGUCAUCUACUGCUACGUCCCCAAAGUUGCCUGCACCAACUGGAAGCGGGUGAUGAUCGUGCUGAGCGAGAGCCUGAUGGACCAGGGCGUGCCGUACGCCGACCCCUUGGACAUCCCCCGCGAGCACGUCCACAACACCAGCACCCACUUCACCUUCAACAAGUUCUGGCGCCGCUACGGCAAGUUCUCCCGCCACCUCAUGAAGAUCAAGCUGAAGAAGUACACCAAGUUUCUCUUCGUCCGGGACCCUUUCGUGAGGCUCAUCUCGGCCUUCCGCAGCAAGUUCGAGCUGGAGAACGAGGAGUUCUACCGCCGGUUCGCCAUCCCGAUGCUGAAGCUCUACUCCAACCACACCAGCCUGCCAACCUCGGUGAGCGACGCCUUCGAGGCGGGACUCAGGGUCUCCUUCUCGGACUUCAUCCAGUACCUCUUGGACCCCCGGACCGAGAAGCUGGCCCCGUUCAACGAGCAUUGGAGGCAGGUCUACCGCCUCUGCCACCCGUGCCAGAUCGAGUACGACUUUGUGGGCAAGCUGGAGACUUUGGACGAAGACGCAGCCCACUUGCUGCAGCUCCUGAAGGUGGAGCACCUUCUCCGCUUCCCUCCCAGCUACCGGAACAGGACAGCCAGCAGCUGGGAGGACGACUGGUUUGCCAAAAUCCCCGUGGACUGGAGGCGGCAGCUGUACAAGCUGUACGAAGCGGACUUCGUCCUGUUCGGUUACCCCAAGCCAGAAAGCUUGCUUCAGAACUGAGCGAGGCAGAACAGAAUGAAAGAGAGCAUUUGAAAUACCAAAAUAUCUCUUCUUCUUUUUCCAGACCCCUUCCGUUGACAUAACACAAGUGCAACUUUUUUCUAUACUCUUCUUUU